AUGUCCCGGCAGCCGGCGCUGGAGCUGCUGGCUUCAAAGCCCAGCCUCAGCAGUGUGAAGCUCGACCUCAUACCCGCCCUCUGCCGCCACCAGCUGCAGCGCCCCUCCGACGCCGCCGCCGCGCACCGCAACGGCGCCGCCGAAGCGCCCUCUGCCGCGGGCGGCGCGGCCGCAGGCGUGGGCGUGGCGGGCGGCGGCGGGCUCGGGCUGCUGCGGCAAGGCAGCGCCGCGGCGGGUGGCGGGGAGGAGGAGGAGCUAUUGCCGGGCGCCGACUACAUGCGGCGCUUCCAUGCCGGCGCGGCCGCGGCGCGCGGCGCGGGCGCCAGCGGCGGCAGCGACGCCACGGCGGGGCAGGUGGCGGUGUACAUGGCGCCGCUUGGGAAGUUCUGCGGGCGCGUCAACACCCUGCAGGCUUACGGCGACAUCAACCGGGAGGUGGCUGCCCCGGACUCGGCGCUGCACCUCACGGGGUCCCAGCCCUCGCGCUACGACAACGUCGUCGCGCCCACAGCCACGCUCGGCAACAAGGCCACGGUGGGCCCCGCCUGCAUCGUCGGAGACCACUCCGCCCUGGGUGACAAGGUCAGCGUCAAGCGCAGCAUCAUCGGCAGCAACUGCAGGCUGGGCGCCGGCUGCAAGGUCAUCAACAGCGUGCUCAUGGACGGCGUGUCGCUCGGCGACGGCGUCCACGUGCAGAACAGCGUGCUCUGCGGCGGCGCGUCCGUCCAGGACGGCGCGGCGCUCAAGGACUGCCACGUGGGGCCGGGCUUUGUCGUGGCCGCGCAGGCCGACCACCGGGGGGAGACGCUGGCCAAGUCGUGA